UACUGGGAGAGGGUCUACCUUGUUGAUAUUGGCGAACAAACUGUUGUACCAGAAAGUGUAAGUAAGCAUGUCAAUGCUAGCAGAUAUCUUAUUGCAGGAGGUAUUGCUGGUGCCACAUCUCGCACUGCUACUGCACCACUGGAUCGUUUGAAAGUGGUUUUACAAAUUCAGACGAAAGAAGCUCGCAUUAUGCCCGAAGUAAGGAAAAUCUGGAAAGAAGGAAAAAUGUUUGCAUUUUUUCGUGGCAAUGGAUUAAAUGUCGUGAAGGUUGCACCUGAAAGUGCUAUUAGAUUUUAUACAUAUGAAUUUCUUAAAGGAGUCAUAAUGGAUGCUAGAGGAGGGGAGAAAGCUGAUAUUGGUGGGAUGGGUCGCCUUGUUGCUGGUGGCGUAGCUGGUGCUGUUGCACAGACGGCAAUUUAUCCAUUUGAUCUAGUAAAGACACGGUUGCAGACAUAUGACUGCCUGGAUGGAAAAGUUCCUAGAAUAGGAGCUUUGACAAGGGAUAUUUGGGUCAAAGAAGGGACACGGGCUUUCUACAAGGGCUUUUUCCCAUCUGUUGUUGGAAUCAUUCCUUAUGCGGGCAUAGAUCUUGCUGCUUAUGAAACACUAAAGGAUUUGGCUAAAAAGUUUAUACUCCAGGACAAUGGUAAGACUUGUAACCUAUUGCAUCUAUAAGUUUGUCUUUUCUUCCUUUUCAUGGAUGCGUAAACUUAUUUGGGUAGCUUUUUUCAAAAGCUUUUUUUUUAUUUCACUUGUAGAACCUGGACCCCUUAUGCAAUUGGGUUGUGGAACCAUAUCUGGUGCUGUUGGUGCAACAUGUGUUUACCUUUACAGGUUGUGAGGACAAGGUAAGUCAUCGAUAUUGGUUGCCAAACCUUGGUACUGCUCUAUUUAAUUGUGUAUUUGU